GCUGUAUCGGCUUCCUUUCUCGGUCAGUGACCAAUUGAGCCAUUCGCGAUGGCCCGCAAGAGAGUCAGUCAGGUCUUUCAGAUUCUGCUACUUUUGAGCCUCGUCGCAUGGCAAUGUUGCCGAUUGAACCACCAGGAGAUGGUGAGCUUGGAGCAAGCCUACGCCAUCGAUAGCAGCAUCCAGUGGCCUUUUCUGGUCGCUGCCACCAUUUUCCUCAUGGAGUUUUUGCUGUGUUUUCUCCUACUUUUACUUCUUCGUUUGAUGCUGUACUUCAAGGAUCCUGGGAGCGGCGAAGUUGUGUUCCUGUCUCGUCUCCGAGAGGUGGCGGAGAUGCUUGCGUUCAUUUCUUUCUUCUCAGGGGUCUUCUACGUGUUUCAGGUGAGCCGGAAGUACGACCAUGCAAGCCCCAUGGGCGGAGGCUCAUUCUUCCCAGAUACUCGCGCGGUUCGAGAAGGACGGCAUUUGUUGCUUUGGACGCUUUUGGCACCUCAGCAGUGGGUCAUGCAUGCACGUCUCUACACCAAAGCCUCGUGGCACGAAGCCAUGGACUUGAUGUUGUCAACCGCCUUCACAAUGGCCUUUGGGUUUAUCGCAGUGCAGGUGGACAUGACGCAGAAAGACGCUAUGAUUAGCCCACAUUGGCAGGUCCGGAUGUGCUACUGUCUCUCGUGCAUGUGCCUUAUGACCACUUUUGUUCGGGCUCACCGCUUUCCAAUGGAGCCCGCCAUCGCCAAAACGGGCCGAUUCUAUUUGUAUGUGAAAUACGUGAUUUGGAGCUGCUACCCUCUCGUUUUUGCCUUGCGUUCCUGUGGCAUCAUCAGCCCGUGGCAGGAGGAGGUCCUAUGCUACACAGCCCUGGAUUUAAUCUCGAAGUCCUUGUCACUGAUUGCCAGCUCGACGGGUCCGCUCUUCACACUCUUUGUGAGUACCUGGGGCCAUUGGCACGUCUCAGGCGGCUUGCAUGAUAUCCGAGUGACGGUUUCAGAUCCUGCUUGGUCGGUUCAAUCCGUACAGAUGGAACAAUUGGGUGGAGAUGCUGAACAGAUUACUGGGCUUUCAAGCGGCAGUGACUUCUUGCGAGAGGCAAUAAAUAGCAGCGAAGAUCGCCGGCGCCUUCAACAGAUUGCGAAACAGGUUGAUCGUCAGCUGAGCUUCAUGGCUCAGAAAACAAUGCUUAGGGUCAGUCUUGCUGGGGGUGCUCGCGCUCCAGCAGAGUGCUACGUUUCCCGGAGCCUUUGGGGCAGCCGGCAGCUCGCCAUCACCUUGGCAGAUCUCCCACCAGGAGAAACAUUCGGAAAGCUGGACGAUGAUGAUACUCGCAGCCCGGGAGAGAGCCAUGCAGGAAUAUCAGAUGAGGAGUCGAUGAAGACUCUGAUCAGUACCACCAGGGGGCAGUCGUCAUCUGCAGCUCCCCAGGUGACUCAAGCCCAUCUCACCUCUGCUAAGGUGGCGCUACACCAGUACUUACAUCAGAGAGCCACACUUGCAGCAGCGACACCAGACAUGGUGUAAGAAGGAUCAGGUGCAAGUUCAGGAGACAGAAGUGGGGGUCGACUUCCAAAGUGAAAGGGCUGGAUCAUGUUGUAUACAUGAGUCGAGCCACGAACCAAUACGUCCAAGUGUGCUCUAAGUCUUCAUGUUUGAACAACACGCCGCCGUUUCUUUGUCAAUGGUUCAAUCAACGACCAUGCCGGAGUGUUUGGGGUGUUCUUCGAGCUGGGGGAACAUUUCCACCCGAUGGCGGCCAUGAGUCCAUGCUUAUUUAAUCUUAUUUAGAUCAUUCAAGAACAGUGUUUGGAGCUAGAGACGUCCAGAGGUUGUGUACGGUUUGCUGAUUUCCCGUUUGGGUGAGCAGAUCAGGACAUCAAUGGAAAUGAAUACGAACACUGCUGCCCCAAACCCCAUCACCCUGCAAUCAGUUGGGAUAAUUCUACCAUAGUUUUCUGACUUUCGUUUAUUCCCGGGCUUUGGCUUCAUGUGCACUUCUUGAGGAGUUUUUGGUCAACCACUUGGAGAUCAUACACCGCCUGACAACGGGACAACUUACAAAAUGUGAAGUUGAGCACCUAGGUUGGAGGCCAUUGCUACUAGGUUGAAGGCCAUUGCUAGCAGGUUGGAGGCCAUGGCUAUUGGGGUUCCUUGUGCAAUUAGGUUGGAGGCCAUUGCUUCUAUUUUGGGUCGAGUUCGUGGAACCCCUCGUGCCGGCCAGGCCAGGGAAGCCAGGGCGGGAGCAAGGAAGAUGCUUGAUGACAUGCCUGGAUAUUUGUUGUGCUCAAUUGCCAUUGAAUGCCUACCAGGCCUGCCAUCUUAUCAUGUGUUUGGAAAGUUGUUGUCAUCAAGAUCAUUGAGUGGCGACUCACAUGGGGUAUGUUGCUUCCAAUGCUGAGCAACACAUCCGCCCCAUGGAUGUGUUCAGAGCCCGAAUGGACGCGGACCGUGUGUUGCGGACGGAUUUGCGACCAAGAUUUCGCGUGGCUAUGUGAUGUAGUUGCUGUGGAGCUACUUCUUGUUGGGAACUUUCAUACAGGUUGUAGAGUUCCGCCCUCUCCUGGCCGAGUGAAUUCCUAGCAUGUGUUCGAAAACAUAUGAAAACCUGUAGCCCAACUACUUCGAUUCUCUUUUCCGAGCUUCGCUGUUUUGCACCGCGUAUGGCGGCACAGCAUACGCGAAGUUCCUGAAGUCCAAGGACGCAAGACGUGGU